GUCAACAACAAGACAAGUCAAAGCAGGCCAUCAUGGCAGAAGUAGCACCAGCCGCACCCGCUUCGUCGAAGACGGCCAAGAAGAAGAAGAGCAGCAGCAAGACCGCGAAAGCUGGACUCAGCGUCUCCGAGCUGAUCACCCAGGCUGUCUCUGAGUCCAAGGAGCGUAAAGGAGUCUCUCUAGCCUACCUCAAGAACUCCCUCAACGCCGCCGGUUACGAUGUAGAGAAGAACAAGGCUCGCAUCAAGAUCGCCGUCAGGAAACUGGUGGCCAAGGAGGUCUUAUUGCAGACCAAGGGCACCGGCGCUUCCGGCUCCUUCAAGAUGAACAAGGCGUCCGAAGCCAAGCCCAAAAAGGCUCCCGCUAAGGCAAAGAGCGCCGCCAAGAAGCCCGCAGCCAAGAAAUCACCAGUGAAGAAAGUCGCAGCCAAGAAGCCAGCCGCUAAGAAGCCCGCAAAGAAGGCAACAACCCCGAAGAAGGCAGCAAAGAAGAGCGCUAAAAGCCCCGCUAAGAGCCCCGCCAAGAGCGCCAAGCCGACGGCUAGGAAAGCCCCAGCGGCCAGGAGGAGUCCUGCUGCCAAGAAGAGCCCCGCUAAGAAGGCCAGCAAGCCUAAAGCCAAGACUGCAGCCAAGAAGAAGUAAUUCCACUCUGCUUACAUCAAAUAAAAAGGCUCUUUUAAGAGCCACCACCACUUCUUUCAAAGAGCAAGUUCGACUUUGACAUAAUUCUGUCACAUUGUCGCGGCUUCCCCAACAUCCUCAAACUUCUCAAAUGGGGAUACGCAUACCCCCGGGGGUACUUGAAGGUAUGCCAAGGGGUACGUGAGAUUUUUUCAAAAUAGCAACAAUCCAUAAAUACUUUAUAAAUAUUUUAAUUGAUUAAUACUUUAACAAACUAUGAAUGUAAGUUUAUAAACUGAACAUCAAAUCAAGUAGGCUAUUCCACUCAUUCCCAUAAAGCCAGAGUUUCCCCCAUGCCGUGAUGGUUUGACCCUUGCUAAAAUGUCUGUCAAAAAGAACUGUGAAAAGAAAUGCAACAAUGCAAUAUUCAAUGUUGACAGCUACAUUUUUUUGUGGAGAUCUUCUAUAAAUAUUGACGUUAAAGAUUUCUUUUUUUGUGAAGAAAUGUUUAGAAUUAAGUUCAUGAAUCCAGAUGUAUCUCUAUUACAAUCCCCAAAGAGGGCACUUGAAGUUGAUGAUUACUUCUAUGUGUAGAAAUCUUUAUUUAUAAUUGAAUCACUUAUUUAUUUUUCAACAAGUUUUUAGUUUCCAAAUAGUUCAAGAAAGACCACAACAAAUGAGCAAUAUGUUGCACUGUUAUACAAUUUACAUGUAAUAAAUCAGAAACUGAUGACAUAGUGCUGUAUUUUACUUCUUUAUCUCUUUUUUUUAACCAAAAAUGCUUUGCUCUGAUUAGGGGGUACUUGAAUUAAACAAAUGUUCACAGGGGGUACAUCAUUGAAAAAAGGUUGAGAACCACUGUGACUUACACGAUCCUCAAUGGCCGCUUGUAGAAUUGAUGUAUUGGUGCAUACUGCCAUCAGGUGAAGAUGUGAAGUCCUCUAGGUGCGUCCAUGCUAAAAUUAAUUAACCCUCUCUUUAGUGCGCAUUAAAGGCCCUAUGGACCGGGUUGGAAUGUUCUAAAUUAGAAUUAUUAAGAUUAAGUAAUAUAGCAAAAACUCGUAAUUUUAGACUAAAUUCUGAUUGAUCUGCCAGUAUGAAACAUGUCUAUUAUAAUCCUUGAACAAAGUAAGAGUGAAACUCAUGUGAAUAAUCACUGAAUGGAGAACUGGGGGUGGGAUUAAAUAAAUGAUCUUCUUCCUGCUCCCUUUCAGGCAAAACUGGACAGUCAUACAUUACAUACUAUACAUUA